AUGUCUUCAACGGGUGCCCGCCCAGGCCUAUCCCAACUAGUGGUUUCCCACGCCGCCAGCCGAAACGUAAUAAGUGCAACUCGCCACUGUCACAGCAAACAUGAUAAGGCGGAGCGCAUCUUCCGUCGAAUCGACAAGUAUCACCGUCAUCCCCAAGCCAACCCCUCCCGCAAAGUCGAGUGCCAAUCGUGGCCUUCCACGGCCCACCAUGACUCGACCUCGAGUUUCCCAUGGGGUCUGCCCCCUCGUUCUCGCUCCUCGUUCUCAGGCUUUUCGGCCGACCGAGGAAAGGGGUUCUGGGAUACAGAGCGCGAACAGCUACAUCACCACAUGGCUCACAUUAAGAAAAGCGUCUCCGAAGACCCAUAUUGUGCUAUCUUUGGCCGCCGAUUAGACUCAUAUUGUAUGGAUAAGCAGGAGCACGUCUGGCCCGGUUUCUUGCGCUCUUUUUUGAACAUCGAGCCUGCGGCUGAGGAGAACCCUUCGAAAGCCCACCUUCAAGAUUUUAACUUCGUCAAGUCUCCUCAGCCAAGUGCCGAUGGAUACCAGUAUGAUCCUAUAAGCGGGCGUAUGGCUCCCAUGCCACCGAAGCCCGUGGACACAGAUGUUUUUGCUAGUGUUGAAUGUCCCCCUGGAAGUGAAGUCGAGGCCAAGCUUGCGUCCGAGCCGUUGGUGAAGGAAACCGCCCAGAAACCUCGGCCCGAGUCCGUCGACUGUACUGGUGGAAGCGAGCUGGAGGCCCUUUUCACUGCGGAUCCGGCCAGCUUCAAGGAAGCACAAGUGAUGGCGAAGGUGCCUCAUGGCCAGGAGUCUAUCGUGAAGCCCAAUAUUCAUGUCGACUGCUCUCCCGGCAACGAGCUGGACGCUCUUUUCGUCUCGGAAUCGCGCCGCACGGAGCAGCCCGGUGCUGAGACCAUACAGGUCCCGGAAUCUGAGAAGAAACUUGAUCCAGAUUCAGGUUUGAGCUCUUGUGUUAAUUUUGAGUGCGCUCCCGGUCACGAGCUAGAGGCUAUGUUUGCUGCCCACCCUGCCGCUCAGGAGGACCAGUCUCGUCCUUUAGAUACAUUCGAUGCUCAGCCAGCCAGCAGCGAGGCCGGUGUCUCUGUCGACUGCCCCCCUGGUAACGAGCUUGACGUUAAGUUCGCUUCCACCCUCGCUGGCCUUGACUCUCAGACUGCCAGUGUCACUGAGGACGCUACCCCAACCGUUGACUGUUCUCCUGGCAACGAGCUCGAAGCCAAAAUCGUUUCCGAAUCUAUGAGCCUGGGCACCACUCUUGACUGCCCUCCGGGUAGUGAGCUGGAAGCCAAGUUCAUCGCUGAUCCCGCUUCUGCCGAGCACGCUCCGUUUCAAACAGCUCCUACUGCGGAGCACGCUACUACCAGGAAAUGCAAUGUCAAUAUUGACUGCACUCCCGGUAGCGAGCUUGAAGCCCUCUUCAUGUCCGACGCAGCCAGCACUGGUGCACGCUCUCCUUCCGUCUCCGAAGUCAACGCCAAAGCCGAGUCCCACAAGUCCAACCUCCAUUACGAAGGUACCGAAGACCGAGUCGGCGACUCCCUCAAGGAAACCCAGAAAACGCCUUCUCAGUGGUCCACUGCCGAAUACCGCAUCCUAGCCUAUGACUCGUCUAUCUCAAAGAUCAGCGCCUCCGAAGCAGACUCAUUUUUCGGCACCGCCUCAACUACAGCCCCCGAAGAGAUCCUCGCCCGUCUACACAACCCCGCCAAGUUCGUCCCCUACUUCCAGCAGAUGCAAAUAGAUGGCUACGGAAUCGCUACUGGUGGCGGUGAUAUCCUCGUCUUCCGCCGAUCCGCUGCCGCAACCACCAACAACUCACCCUCCGCCGCCGCAACCACGAAAGCCAACCAAGAAAUCGCCAACUCCAUCCGUCACGACUCCUACCCAACCUCCCACUCCACCUUCCAGGUGAGUGUUUAA